AUGAUUUACUCGAAAAUUUUUCUCGCGUUGGUCUUAUUGUUUGGUGUCGAUCGAACUUUUUCUCUAGAAAGCAAUUUUAUAGAGCUCGUUAAAAAUAGUACUCUCGUACAUCAUAAGCAAACUAAUACUGUUUGGGAAUAUUUAGGCACCUACGCCCAAACAGGAGAUACUGUGAAUUUCAUCUUAGAAAUUUCCGUGUUUCAGUUUAUGUGCGACGUUUUUCCUGUUUCAAUAGCUUAUGCUAUGAAGGUUUGUACACAAUAUCGAACUCGACUUCUUGAGAACGGCAGUGUCUGUCGAUUGAAUGAAUUGGCUGAGGCUCAUGUAGGACAACGACAAAAAAGACAACUAGAAGAGAUUGCUUUGGGUAGUGCUGCCGCGUAUGGUGCUUAUAAAAUUAUUGGUGAUCUUUUUGGAGGAAAGAAUGAUGAAAUUAUCGAUCGGUUAAAUCAAGGUGAGAACUUUCAAAACCAUCAAGAAAAAUUAAAUGAUGCGCUUGUUACAUUAAUUCUAGCGUUAGAAGACAAUAAUCUCGUUAUGUUGAAAAGUUUUAAACAGUUGUUCGAUAGUGUGAAUGAAACACGCUCUUUCAUUUAUAAUCUGUUAAAAGUGUCAAUAAGAAAGCAAAGAACUUUUACAGGUUAG